GUUCGUGUUGUACAACUUGUUCGUGUUGCACAACUUUUUAGAGGUAAUUUCAGGAAGGGCUUAGACGGAUCAGCAUCGGAAGAUUCAUCGUUCGUCUUUCACGCAGGUAUUAAGAAAGAUGACGAGGCACCUGGCCCCGAGAACCAUCAUCAUUCUCAUCAUGUCGGCGCUUGUCGCGGCCCAGAGCGUUCUCUCCCAGCUCUGCACCGACAGCGUCUGCCACUUUUCCCUCGUCAUCAGGCGGACCAAGACCAUGACUCACACACGGAACCUCAACGGGCGCAGGGAUACCAACUCUGUGAAACUCCGUGAUGACGGACGCCUUGAGCUCUUCAGUCCGUUGGGAAACCCCGCCCACCCUGGGAAGGAGAAUGUGAACGGAACUCUCGUGCCCAUGGAGGAGGUCAUUACCACUGACGGGGUUCAGAGGAACGUCAUCACGGUCAACGACAUGUUCCCGGGACCUACCAUUGAAGUCGUGGAGGGGGCACAGGUCGUCGUUAAAGUAACGAAUAAACUGCUAACCGAGGCCACAGGCAUCCACUGGCACGGUCUGCACAUGCGCAGCACGCCCUACAUGGAUGGCGUGCCCUACGUCACACAAUGUCCCAUCAUGCCCCGCGAGAGCUUCGUCUAUCGUUUCAACGCAGAGCCUGCCGGGACGCAUUUUUACCACUCGCACCUCCGCACGCAGCGAGAGGACGGACUGUUCGGCGCGUUCAUCGUGCACAGGGCCAGGAGUCCCAUCGUGCCAUCGAUUCCCGUGAUCCUCCACGACUGGUACCACAUCGAGGCUACGCCAUAUUGGAUUUCAAACAUGUUCGGCUUGGAACACGCCGGCGAUGGAGAGUAUAUGCUGGGUGCCUACGAGCGCCCGUUCUCUCACGAUGGCGUCAAAGUCUCCAGUCGAGUGUUCAACUCAGCCCUUAUCAACGGGCGCGGUCGGUUCGGAGACAACAGAGCGCCGCUCAGCACGUUCAUGGUCCCCUCCGGAGGGCACGGCAACUUCCGGAUCAUCCAUGUCGGUCCGGACUACCCGUUCCGGUUCUCCGUGGACCAGCAUGAGCUGACGGUGACAGCCAGCGAUGGGUUCGACAUGACACCGCGGAGAGUCCAGUCCGUCAUCAUCUACCCAGGGGAGAGCUACGAUGUCCGGAUAAACGGAACGGCCCGGCCGGACCUGUACUGGGUACGGGCCGAGACCCUGCGCGUCGGCCACUGCACCAAAUGCUACCCGUACGAUGAGGUCGUUGUGGUUCCGGACGACGUCACAGAAGAGGUGCGGGCGAUCCUGCGAUACCAAGGCGUGACAGCAGACCGGGAUCCUACCACAACUAAACGGGGCUGCACCAACGAUAAUCCGUGUCAUGUGUUCAACUGCCCGUUUGCUGGCUAUCCCGAACACCUGCACACGUCUUGCAUCAACAUGAAUGAUGUGGAAGCGCUGGCGUUGCCGUCAGAGGGGGCUGGACAAUCCAAGGCCACUGACAGAUACGCUGGACAUUCCCGCACCACGGAAGCCGCAGACGUCAUCGAGAUAUUCUUGAACUUCAACUUCGCCAUCGGGUCUUCGGUCAACGGCCGGCGGUUCAUCGGUCCCACAGCGCCGCUUCACCAGAACACCACAGCGGCGACGGUGCCGUGCGACGAGGAACUGUGUCUUCGGAGCGGUUGUCGGUGUACACACAUGAUAGACAUUCCUUACAACCAGACGAUCCAGCUGGUGAUGUACAACACCUUCGCUCCCACCAGCCAGACGCACCACUCCGUGCACAUCCACGGACACGCCUUCCAGGUCGUCGCUAUGGGUUACCCCAGCUACAACAAGACCACAGGUCGCUACAUGCAGCCUAACACUGAUGUGAAAUGUAAGAACGACCUGUGGCUGUGCACGGACGCCACCUGGCGGGAUGGACCGCCGCUGCUAAACCUGAUCAACCCGCCACUAAAGGACACCGUCCUUGUACCAGCUAAUGGGUAUACUGUGGUCAGGUUCAGAUCAGACAACCCCGGCCACUGGAUGCUGCACUGCCACAACGACCAGCACAUGAACGAGGGGAUGGCGCUGGUGCUGCGGGAGGCGGCGGACAGACACCCUCCCCCGCCCGCAGGCUUCCCGACGUGCGGCGACUUCACGUGGAGCUCCGAGCAGUACCAGAGCGCUCUGGAUGGAGGCGGUCCUGCGGUUCCUCCAGGCCCACCAGACGUGCAGACCACCUGUACAGCACCUGACCUGCAGGUCAUUGCCCUAUCCGCUGUGGGGGGAGCUGUCGUCAUGGCCGCCACCCUGGCAGCGGCGAUCUACUGCGCCAUCAACAGGAAGAAGGCCGCAUCUCCACCGGCGGUUACCGUUGCUGCGGAUGCUGUUCCUUUGAAGUCAAAUGUCGGCGAUGCAUAAGAGGAUGAUAGUGCCCGUCGUUUAAUAUCCAAGCAGAUCUUACGGUGGCAUAAGAUAGUUUAGCCAGCCAUGCACCGAAGAUCUGCGGCAGAACAUCAUCGCUCAAAGGCUAUUAUCAGCCAAUCGGUGGCCGGCUUAAACCCUUCGGCCCCAGCUUUUGAUGCUAUCUUAUGCCACCGUAAGAUCUGCUUGGAGAUUGCCCCUCGUUUCUGUCAAGCAAAGGGGGAAGGGGAACCUUGCAAAUUCACUGUUCUUCUGUUUGCUCAAAAUAGUCAUCUCACGCAACGGUAACAUACCUCUGGGCACAUGCUUUAAAACAAGAGUUCGUAGACCUCAGACCAGCUUGAAAUGUAUUGGGUGUUUGUAGACUUAUUGUGUAAUUUGAUUUUUUUUAACGGUGGUGGAAGUUGAUUGGGUCUGUUGUAUGUAGUUGCAUGAUUUUUUAAAGCAAAGAGUUGCAUUUUCUUGUAUAGAAUAUAUCUAGUAAUUUUUGUUUACCACCUAGUGUGCUAGAGGUAUGUGCUUCCAGGUCAUAUUAUAUAGAGUAAUAGGAAAGGCAUGUGCAACCAUUUAAUGUAAGUAAUUAUUCCACUAUGAUGGACGUUACAAAUGCUAGCCUCCAUAGCAGGCUUUCUGUGACUUUUUUUCGUCAUUUUUGUGCUCAUAAUAUACUUUUGCUGGCCAUUUCUUAUUCAUGGUUUAUUCAUACAUAUAC